UACUUGCCUAUAAAAAUGAUUCAAGUGUCCCAAACAUUUCAUCCAUUGAAACCUAUUGCAAUUCAACUGACAAUAAUAGGGUUCUUGUGUUCUCUUGCUUUCUCCAUACAGUUCAUUCUCCUCUUCUCAUCCUCCCUGUUCACAAACUGUUUAACUUUGAAUGAUUCAACUACUACUCAUCAUCAUGAAUGCCAUCAACAUGAAAGCAAUGCCUUGCUCAGCUUUAAACAAAGCUUCUUCAUAAGUAAGUAUGCUUCCUACAAUCCUUUCAGUUAUCCUAAAACUCUUUCUUGGAAUCCGUCCACAGAUUGCUGCUUGUGGGAUGGCAUCGAAUGCGAUGAACUCACAGGUCAUGUCAUUUCCAUUGAUCUUAGUAGCAGCCUGCUCUAUGGUUCCAUGGAUCCCAAUAGCACCCUUUUCUCGCUUGUGCAUCUUCAAAGCCUUGAUCUUUCAGACAAUGACUUCAAUCACUCGCAAAUUCCAGCCAGGAUAGGUGACUUGUCACAACUGAGGCAUUUGAAUCUUUCUCAAUUUGGUGAAACCACAUUGUCAGGUGAAGUCCCAACUCAAAUUUCCCGUUUGUUCAACUUGUUGUCCCUUGAUCUUCGCAGCUAUAUUAAACAGCUUGAUUAUCCAUUAAUCAACCGUUUGCAACUGAAGGAAUCCACUCUGCGAAGCUUAAUUCAAAACUCAACAAGACUUGAACAACUUCGGCUUAAUUUUGUCACCAUUUCAUCAUCAUUACCUCACACGCUCACAAACCUUACAUCUCUGCAAAUACUCUCUUUUCGCCAAUGUGAACUGCAUGGUGAGUUUCCUAUCGGAAUAUUCUCUCUUGCAAACUUAACAUCUUUGAAUUUUGCGGAAAACCAAAAUCUGCAGGGCACAUUACCUGCAUCCAUUGGAAACCUGACCAAUUUAGCUCACUUGGCUCUUGAAGAUAAUAGCUUUCAUGGUGAAAUCCCUCGCCCUCUUUUUGGACUAGAGAAUCUUGUAUAUCUAGUUCUAAGUUAUAAUUUUUUCGAAGGCCGCCUAACACUUGACAUGUUUUUGAAGCUAAAGAUGCUUAAUAUUCUUGACUUGUCUAACAACAAAUUGUCCUUGUUCUCACAAAACAGGGAUGUCAAUGUGACAAUCCUUCCUCCAAUUCGAUGGUUAGGAUUGAGUGGGUGCAAUUUAAAUGGAGAAAUUCCAACUUGAUCUUCAAGGUGAAA